GUGUCUUUUCAACAUUCCUUUGGAUUUUCCUUCACUCUUUCCAAAUACCUGCAGCUUACCUGUCUAUGAGGUUAUUAAGUUGUGUUUUAAACAUACAAAGAUAUCUUUGAAAACAAAAGAAAACAAAACUCUAACCAAACUUGUGGUACAUUUGGGAAAAGCUCUAUGACUCAGGGCUGUAGCCAAUAGCAGUAUCGGAAGGGGAGGAGCAUAUUAAAGUCAUUCUGCUGAAGUGAAACUAAAGAAGGUAGCACAGAAAAGGUUUCUCAGACUCUUUAGACCUACUAGUCUCUCUGAACUAACUAUACAUUCUCCAGACCUCUUUCACAAACAGAAAGAACAGAGACAGCAAUCACAGACACACGCAGAUAUGGCGUUAUGCAACAGUCUCCUGUCUGAAGAGAACUUCCUGUGUUCUAUCUGUCUGGACGUGUUCACUGAGCCAGUGACCAUUUCAUGUGGACACAACUUCUGCAUGGCCUGCAUCAGAAAGUACUGGGACAGUGAUGACCUGUGCCAAUGUCCAAUCUGUAGAAAGAAAUUCGACAGGAGACCUGAGAUUUGCAUCAAUGCUUUCAUUUCUGAGAUGGCUGCUCAGUUCAGGAAGUCAGUUCAACUGAGAGCUAGCCGCAGCCCAGACCAAAACUUUGCCGAGCUUGGGAGAGUGGCCUGUGACGUGUGCACUGGGACGAACCUGAAGGCUCUGAAGUCAUGCCUGGUCUGUCUGACUUCUUACUGUGAGACUCACCUGCAGCCUCAUCAGAUAGCCCCAGCCCUGAAGAGACAUGAGCUGAUUGACCCAAUAAAGAGGCUGGAAGACAGGAUGUGUAAGGAGCAUGACAAACCUCUGGACCUGUCCUGUAGGACUGAUCAGAUGUGUGUUUGUGUCCAGUGCAAGAAAACAGACCACAAGACUCACUACACUGUCCCUCUAGAGGAAGAGUAUGGAGAAAAGAAGGCUCAGCUGGGGCAGACAGAGACAGAAGUGCAGCAGAUGAUCCAGGAGCGACUGCAGAAAGUUCAGGAAAUGAAACACUCAGUAGAGAUCAGCAAGAGAGAAGCAGAGAGAGAGAUAGCAGACAGCGUGCAGGUCUUCACUGCUCUGGUGCGCUCCAUUGAGAGAAGCCAGGUUGAGCUCAUUGAGGUAGUUGAGGAGAAGCAGAAAGCAACCGAGAGGCGGGCUGAAGGACUCAUUAUAGAUCUGGAGCAGGAAAUCACUGAUCUACGUAGGAGACGCAGUGAGCUGAAGCAGCUGUCACACACUGAGGACCACCUCCACCUCCUUCGGAGCUCCCCAUCUCUCUGUAGCCUUCCACCUAACAAGGACUGGUCUGAGAUCAGUGUUCACCGCAGUCUGAGUGUGGAGACAGUGAGGAGAGCUGUGUCUCAGCUGCAUGAGACAAUCAGGAGUGAAGUGAAGAAGUUGUGUGAUGCUGAGCUGAAGUGGAUGCAGCAGUGGUCAGUGGAUGUCACUCUUGACCCUGAUACAGCCCAUCCCUCUCUCAUCCUCUCUAAGGACAGGAAACAAGUCAGAUAUGGAAUUAGAGAAGAGAAUCUCCCUGACAACCCAAAGAGGUUUUCAAAGGGUGCCAGUGUCCUGGGAAAAGAUGGCUUCUCUGGGAGAUUAUACUAUGAGGUGCAAGUCAAAGAGAAGACUAAAUGGGAUUUAGGAGUGGCCAAAGAGUCCAUCAACAGGAAGAAUGACAUUUUCCUGGGUCCUGAGAAUGGCUACUGGACCAUAUGGCUGAGGAACGCAAAUGAAUAUGCAGCUAAUGAUGACCCAGCUGUUAACUUCCUCCUGAGAGAGAAGCCCCAGAAGGUGGGGGUGUUUGUGGAUUAUGAGGAGGGUCGGGUCUCCUUUUACGAUGUGGAGGCUAGGUGUCAUAUCUACUCUUUCACUGGCUACACCUUCACUGAGAGAAUCUAUCCAUACUUCUGCCCCUGUCUUAAUGAUGGUGGCAAAAACUCUGCCCCUCUGAUCAUCACUCCUGUCAAUCACACAGACUGAAGUUUUUGUAAUGUAUUUUAUUUAAAAACAUAAUUAUCACAACAAAAUACAUACACAGUACAUAUCAUUAAAUAAACGUUUCCUUUGUGUUUUUGACUUUUCACCCCAAAAAUAGUAAAAUAAGCUAAAUGUAAAUGGUAUGUAUUGUUCUACUGUCCUCCAUUUUGGUAAGAGUAAUUUCACCACUGUAUACAAUACUUUGACUGUUUGCUUACCAAUGUACUUUUUGCCCUGGUUUCUUGAAUAAUUACAUUACUCAAUUUCCUGGUUUCUCGUCAUCAUUAUUUCUGAUUGGUUCAUAUUGUUCAAGUAUAAUGACAUAAUUGAGAAUAAUUUUCUUCUAAUGACCAUUUUGUUCUUAAGGAAAGGGGUGUUCUGUCUUAGGAUGGCACAGUGCUGUGUACAUAAAUUACCAUUAGGGAUGAAUAAUAUAUCGGUGAACAUAUCGAAAUUGGACGAUAUUAGCUAAAAAUGCCAACAUCGGAUUCCGCCGAUGUCUAGUUUAACGCCGAUGAGCAAAACCGAUGUCAAAGCUGACAUGCAUGUCUAUAUAACGUAGGUACAUGAUGUAAUGAAACCACAUAAAAUGUUGUGCUACACGUGCAACACAGCAUCCCUAACCUAGCCCACAAUGUCUGCUGUGUGGAUCGAGCAGUCAACAAGUCGAGCAGUCAUUUGAAAGAAUAAGAAAAUUUAAACGAGACAACUCAAAAGGUGAAAUCCAUUAAAGCCAAGAUAAUGGAAUUUAUUGCCCUUGACAAUCAACCGUUCUCUGUCGUGGGUGAUGUUGGCCUUCACCGACUGGUCGAGCACCGGUACACACUACCAAGUGCGCUAUUUUUCAGAUGUUGCCCUACACAGUAAUGGUGUCACUGCUAUUAGCUUCACGACAUACAUAUUAUGGAAUGCCAUUUGGGUUUUUGCGUGUCAAAAAAGACACAGUAGCACUGUCAAAGCUGUACAAAAAAGUCUGCGAACAAGCAAACACCGGACACGAACGAUGUGUUUGCAAUACCGCGUUGGUAAUAAAGCAUAAUUUGAUUGGCCACAACUUCUGGGGUAGCUAGCUUUAGCUUGGUACCUAGCUAGCACCAAUACAACCAGCCUAAAAACAAUGAGCAGUAGAAACUGCAGUCAAUUUCAUUAUUCUUGGCAAUGAUUUAGGAAUCUUUGUGAGUGAGUAUUAGCUAGGUUGCCACUUGUUGUUCGCCUAUUGAAAUUGAACUUCAGUUCAGGAAAAUAAAUAGUUAGCUAGCUACUUAACCCUGUUGCCCAAAGCUAACGUUAUAAGCAGCCAGCUAGCUUCAUCAGGUUAGUGACGCUCGACCGGACUGACCGGACUUGGUUAUGUGUUGUGAAGCUAGCCACAAUAAGGAUUAGGCACAAUAGUAGAAUUUGCAGUUUGCCUUCAAAAUAAAAGUAUGUCAUUCACAGUGAUGCAAAUGAAUUCAAAUAGUUGAAUUAUGCCAUACUUUUA